GAUUUACUAGCUUCCGGUGACCGCUCCGACUAAUGGCGGAGCAUCCUGCUCGGGAGGCACCGACAGCCUCAAGUCGGAAAACUCACCGCGCUCCGCGCAGACCCCGGCUCUCUCGCCCAGCUUCCGGUGCCUCGGAUCCUCCCCUUCGCAGUUCAGUGCAACCUGCAUGUGACUCCGCCACCAGGACACAUCCCGUAGGCAACACAGGAUCGAUGAAGCAAAAGAAGAAGAAAACCCCGAACAGGGUCUCUGGGACAAAUGGAAACGAAAAGCCCCCCGAGAAACCCGUCCCAGACGAAGUUCCUCCUAGUGCUGAGGCCCAGGCGGAGCAGCUGGCGCGGGAGCUGGCCUGGUGUGUGGAACAGCUGGAGCUGGGUCUCAAGACGCAGAGACCCACCCCGAAGCAGAAAGAGCAGGCUGUUGGGGCAAUCCGAACGUUGCGCAGUGAAAAAACCCCCCUGCCUCGGAAGAGACAGCUGAUGCGCUCCUUGUUUGGAGACUACAGGGCUCAGAUGGAUGCAGAGUGGCGGGAGGCCCUUCGGGCUCUAAAGGCUGCUACCCAUUCGGCCCAGGUACAGCUCGUUGGUGAGGCUGCCAGAAAGAAGAGUGGAAGGGUCUGCAGGCCCCGUCCAGCAGGAAGAGCCAAACCCACUCCGGACUUGACCGACGGAGAGUUUCGGUUCAAUUUCUUUUAGAGUCUCCUACAUGCUGGACUAGUCAUUCCCCUCCAGGGUGGUGUGGGGAUGUGUCUUGAGUGCAGGGCCUUUCCAGGAAUUCCCUCAGGAGAAGUGGGACUGGUUUGUCCUUCCCUGCUGCCUGGACAUGAAGUGGCUGGCCUGGUGUGAGGCCGCCAUGUGGAAACCUUUGGAGGAAUUGUUCUUCCUGUCAGAGGAGAGACACGGAGUAGCUGCUGGUGAUAAGGAAACUGUGGAGAAGCUGUGGACAUAGUGGGCUCACUUUUGAAAGGAUGCUCUGGCCAUUUUUAGUGCUUUAUAUAUUGUUAUAUUGCCUUAAUAAAUCUUUUCUAAAGAAAUAGGA